UGUUCAGUCUCAUGUGUGCAACGCUUCGAGUCGGUAGUCGGUAGUCGGUAGUGAAUAGUCGGGCAGACACUAGCUGUAGGCAACAAUACUGUAUAUAAUGUGAUUGCCAUUGGCAUCUGUGAAGACUGUGAAAAGAACAUCUGUAGCACAGACCAGACCAGAUCGCAUCUGUAUCCGUAUCUAUUGAAUCACCUCUCGACACCAGCCCCAUUAGCGCGCAGUGGACAGUGUGGAGAGUGGACAGAGUGGACAGAGUGGAGAGUGAAGAGUGGAGAGUAUUCAGAUCGUACGGUACAAUGCGUCUGCUUGUCUCCUCCUCUCUGUGGCUGCUCGUCACGCUGGUCAGCACAGCUCUAGCGAUUACCUGCUUCGAAUGCGAUUCCGUGAACGACGCCGGCUGUGGGGAGAUUUUCUCGGGCGAUGACAUAGCCAAGACGGAUUGUAAUGCCGUUGAAGUCCUCGGCGACAUGCGAUCCCGUUACCCACAAAGCGCCGAGCCCACUUGCCUGACCAAGUACUAUGAGGGUGCGCCUGGAAGCUCCCGUUUCGUGCGACGUUCUUGCUUCUUUGGCGAUUCCUCGCCUGCGGAGUUCAGCUGCGACGAGUCGCCGGAUCCACUGGUGCCAUAUCAGAAUUUCCUUGGCUGUACGCUCUGCAACAGCGAUCUAUGUAAUGCAGCGAGCAGUGGGUUGCCCUCUAUGUGGAUUGCUUUUCUUAUUGCUUUACUUUUGUGGCUGUCAAACUAACAGGAGAGCAGGGCAGUGCCGAGUCAAGCUUUAUACUUUUGAUCAAACUUCGAAACGUGACGAACGCAGCGAGCACCGAUUAUGGAAUUAUUUUUAAGCUCUUAUCACUCUUUUUCUCUGUGGAUAAACAUGUUUUUGCUUUAAUUUCUCAUUUAUUUGAUUUUCGUUUCCGUUGUUUUUACACAUCCACUAAAAUGAUUUAACAUACAUAUAAUAUA